UUAAGCUUCAUGUCAUUACAGAAGCCAGUUCAGGCUUCCUGUUUUAGAUUUAAGCCUGCAUCUUUGAAUGGAGACGUCAUCAAUGAUUUCAGCUCAGCCGAGCUGUGACUAAUCGUUGCUGCCAGCUUGUGUGGGGUCAGAGCAGAAAUCAAAGUCACCAUUCCUGUGGGGAGGCUGUUUACGUAUGAAGUGAUGAGAGAGUAUUUCCAGAAUGUCUUUGAGCCCUUGUCAAAACUCUACGCUGGGCUCCUGCACGAUGACCCCAUGAUUUUCAAGUGCAACAAGCAGGGGUUUCCUGACCUCCCAGAGUGGCUGCGCUUCAUCCAAAGGCAACCCGAUGAUAAUGGCUUCCUGUACGGCACGCCGACUUCUCCGGGAAAAACUUUCAUUGAGAUCUAUGCAAUCAACAAGCAAAGCUACGACACAGCCAAAGAACUUCUCGUGAUCAAAGUUGUCCCAGAGAAGAUGCUGCCCUAUCAAGCUGAGUUCUUCUUGGCGCUGAGGGAGGUUGAGAAGGUGCUGCCCUCUUCUGUUCAAAUAGAGAUACAGCAGGAUCUGCAGAAGCUGUGGAACAAUGAUGCUUUGGAAAUUGUCAACAUCACCAACGCCCUCGAUCGCGGCGGCAGAGUUCCCCUGCCUCUUGCAGGACACUAUGAGGGUGUGUACGUGAAGGUGGGGUCAAGAAAGUACUUCUCCAGGUGUCUGCAGAGGGUGAUGACACCAGAGCACCAAAGGCAGUGUGCAGCGGGGGCCAAGGUGAAGGUGCCUGGAGAAUGCAGCUUCUGCAAAAUCCCCAGCAACUGCAUCACCUGGUGCAAGACGGAGCUGUUUGACCUAACAAAGGUGGCGCCUGCGCCGCCCUCUCCCACAAUGGGCUCUGGGAUUUUAGAGGACGGGGGCUACUUCGACCCUCCAGAGUCUCCCCCGGACAGAGACUACUUCCCGGAUUACAUCGUGACCGUGAUUGUGCCCCUGAUCAUUGCCGUCCUCCUGUGUCUGUUGCUGGCCUACAUCAUGUAUGGCAGGCGCGAGGGAGUUGCAAAAAGGAAUGCAAGAACAAACAACAUUCAGCUGUACCACCAACAGACCAUCCACGGGAACACGGAGGAGCUGAGGGGCAUGGCCUCCCACCGGGGGGUCCCGGCUCCUCUGUCUACGCUGCCCAUGUUCAACAGCCGAACAGGGGAGAGGGCUUCCCCGCUGCAGUCGGACAGCAUCCCGCUCAUCAUGGCCCAACAGGAUCCUUACAGUGACACGCUGCCCAGGAAGUGACGACGGGAACGGCUAAGGAGUCUUUGAGGUUCUACAGAGUAAUUCAUUCUCCUACAUAAAUACGUCUACAUUUGCAGUGCAAAGAACCAAAGAACUGGCUUAUAGAAUUAUUUGCUGUUCAGGACUGUGUGUGUUUAUGCUUUCACGUUUUUAGAUCCCCCUCUGUAUUGCUUUGUUCAGUUCAAGGCUUAUUCCUGGAACUUGGCGCCAUUUUCUUACUGUAAUCGGAUAUUUUGUUCACCCGGCUUGUCAAACGAUCCCUUCCUCUUGAUCACAUGAAGCAAACUUUUUCAAAUUGGGUAAACUGAAUGGAUAUCUACAAAUAAAUGAUUAAUGCAUGCAAAAAUGAUUGUUUCAACAUGUCAGUGUUUGCAUUGUUGACUGUUGCUAAGCAUUUUUUAUUCAGUCCCCUAGAUUCUGGCACCCCUAAUUGGUAAACAGUACCCAGCAGUGUGUGAUCUAGCAAACAGUCUGACGAAGGCCAAGAAAAACACAACAGAAAGGUCAGGGAGAAAGUUGAGGUCAAGUUUGAACUGAAAGGCUGGGAAAAAAAGGAGAGCAUUAAUCAGAGAAGCAGCCAAUGACUCCAAGUCAUCCUCAACAAAUCAUCUCCUCGUUGAGAAACGGCGGUGGCAGCAUCAUACGGUGGGGGUGCUUGUGUUCGGCAGACAGGCUGUUGUGCAGAUUUAAUAGGUAGAUGGAAGGAGCUAAAUGCAUGGGAGCAGCUGAGACAGAGGUUUACCUUCCAGCAGAACAAUAAACCAUUUAUCCUUUUCCCUU